UUAGUAGGCUAGUCUCUUGCCGGUCCAGCCAGAGGGGUGUGGAUGUAGGUAAUUAGUUGGCGUCUCUUGCCCGUCCAGCCGAAGGGGUGGGGACAUAGGUAAUUAGUAGGCUAGUCUCUUGCCGGUCCAACCGGAGGGGUGGGGAUGUAGGUAAUUAGUAGGCUAGUCUCUUGCCGGUCCAACCGGAGGGGUGGGGAUGUUGGUAAUUAGUACGCUAGUCUCUUGCCGGUCCAGCCGGAGGGGUGGGGACAUAGGUAAUUAGUAGGCUAGUCUCUUGCCGGUCCAACCCGAGGGGUGGGGAUAUAGGUAAUUAGUAGGCUAGUCUCUUGCCGGUCCAGCCGGAGGGGUGGGAAUAUAGGUAAUUAGUAGGCUAGUCUCUUGCCGGUCCAGCCCGAGGGGUGGGGAUAUAGGUAAUUAGUAGGCUAGUCUCUUGCCGGUCCAACCAGAGGGGUGGGGAUGUAGGUAAUUAGUAGGCUAGUCUCUUGCCGGUCCAGCCCGAGGGGUGGGGAUGUAGGUAAUUAGUAGGCUAGUCUCUUGCCGGUCCAGCCAGAGGGGUGGGGAUAUAGGUUUCAUAUCGGUCUGUCUGACACACAUAGUUUUUUGGGUUUUUUCUUAAAGACACAUUUGAUUAUGAAUUUAUCAUCUGGUAUUCUCGGAACCGGCGUGACCUCACACGGCCUAGUUCCGAUCAUCCGGGUAUUUGUGGGUGAAGCAAAGCUUUAGUGAGUUUACAGAGAAUAAAGUUAUCCUAUUAACUUUUUACAUGCCGGUGUCGCGAAAUAUAUUCGCCCCCCUAGAAAAUCGCCGGCCGGCGGAUUUAUUUCUCGCCCCCCUCCCCUAUAUAAUGUGUUAUAUAUAGGACGAUGAUCUAUUUCUACCAUAGUCCAUACGCAUACAAAUUAUGUGCUGUCUUUAAUAGUCAUCGAAAAAAGAGAGAAAUAUCCUUAUUUAUUACAUAUCCAUUCAAUCUUAGUAUAGUAAUAAAGACCAUUCCGAUCCGUGCAAUUAAAAAAUCUUUUAUUGAACAUAUGUCCAAUAAAAGCCUGAACUAUUUUGGGGGGAAGCCCCCAUAUUAUUGUUUGAGAGUUAGCUCCCUUGAAUGUUUAUUAUUAUUUUAUUAAUUUUAAAAUAAAUAAAUAAACUAAAGAAGGUAUGUAAUAAAUACAGAACUUCACAUACGUUUUUUUCGUUCCUAUUUAUUGCACUUGUUUAUUGUGCGCAAGAAUAUAUACCACUCGACCGCUACGCGGUCUCGUGCUAUAGUCCUUUCCAAUAAGGUUCUUACCUCCCUUGAUGAAUUAUGUCCCUUGACCGAUUAGUUAAAUACCGAACUUCCGGAGAGCAAACAUUCUCUUUGUUCAAAACAAUGGCGUGUAACAAAGCGAAACCGAGUGAUUCUAUUGAUCUUGAAAAGUUAAGUGUGCGUAGCCUGAAGGUUUAUUUAAGAGACAGGGGUGCUCAUGUGUCAGGUACACGACCCGAGCUUGUGAAAAGGGCGAAGGGUGUUCAAUUAAUGAAAUUUAAACCGUUGCAAGAAUUGAAAGCGAACGAUUUGGAAAAUACCGAGCAUCGAAAAGUCCAGAAAUUUACCUCUGUAUUUAACGAAAAUUUGCCUGAACCUUGGACAUUAAAUGACAAUUGGGAAAGUGACAUUGAAAAAAUUCCUUUCAUGAGAACUGGUGAUUUAUAUAACUAUUUGGUUUUAAAUAGAAAUCGAACUUUUGAUUCGAACUCGACGAAUGCUAAACGCCAGUUACGAGCCAAAGUAUUUUAUGAAGACAAACAUGUCCAUGCCAUAAUGUACCACAACAUCACUGUUAAAUGUACACACUGUUAUGUAAAAUGUAAAGUUAUUCCCAGCCUGCCAACUGGAACAGUAAAACAGAAACCGGAUUACGACGUAUGGGUGUCAUUAUCCAAAGUGUCUGGGAAUGUACAUGCUGCUGGAUGUACCUGCAGUGCAGGGGAAGGCGAAUCAUGCAACCAUAUUGCAGCGUUGUUGUAUGCUCUUGUGGACAUCAGCACAAAGAAGAAAGAUAGACUGCAAUCUUCUACUUCCACCACAUGCAAAUGGAUACAGCCCCGGAAGAGACAUCUGAGUCCACAAAAAUCUCAGGAUUUAGUUUUUAAAAAACACAAAUUUGACCCUAGUAGCAGAACACAAACAGUUUCUAACAAAAGACAGAACAACACCAGCAACAUUCAACCAAUUGAUGCAUCCAGUUUGUGCCAGAAAUUGAAACAAUGUGCUCCUCAUGCAGCAAUUUUAUUGUGUGACACCAGUUCGUUAAAUGAAAUUGAAAUCACACCAGAAUCUGAUGUACCUGUGUUACACAACAUAAACUUUAUGUAUGGUGAUAAUAUUAAUCUAAUGAACAAAGAAUGUACAACAUAUUUUGAAGACUAUUUCUAUUCACUAAAGUGUUCUGAAGCAGACUGCCAUAUAAUUGAAGAAAAUACCAAACGACAAUCCAAAAGCUAUCAGUGGAAGGUUGCUCGUGUUGGCCGAUUGACCAGUUCUAAUUUUGGCACCAUAUAUAAACUUAAAGACACCACACCUCCAGACAACACAUUAAAAACACUUCUUAAUUAUACUGAAUUUCAAGUAGCAAGUGUUAGGUGGGGGUCUUCACAUGAAGCUGCUGCCAGACGUGUGUAUUCGAAGAGUAUACAGAAAAUUCACCCAGCUAUGAAAAUUAUGCAGUGUGGUUUAAUUGUUAAUUCUCUUUACCCCCACUUGGGAAGCAGCCCAGAUGCUCUUCUGAACUGUACACAUUGUGAACAAAAUGAUGGAGUUCUUGAAAUUAAGUGCCCAUACAAGUACCGUUUUAUGUUGCCAUCAGAAGCAGCCAAAGACAAAGCAUUCUGUUGUGAAUUAGUUAAAAAUAAAGUCCAGUUAAAAAAGAACCAUGUUUAUUAUUUUCAAAUACUUGGACAACUGGCAAUUACGAACAGGAAAGUGUGAUUUUUUCAUUUGGACUUUGAAAGGACACUCAGUUGAGAGGAUUCACUUUUGAUAAAAAUGCUUGGGAAAAUCUGUUGUCAAAAUUAAACAAAUUUUAUAAAUCUGCUGUCAUUCCAGAGCUUUUCUCAGAAAGAGUUAAGCGUGGAUUAACUCUGUUCAAGUAAACAUGACUAACAUUUGCUGAAACUAUUUCUCUUAAUUUGUGUAGUUUCAAACAUGAAUAAUUUUCAUUAUCUUUUAAUAUUGUUUUAAUGUUGAAAGAACAUAUAUGUUGUCUGAUAUUCAUUUAUGUUAAGUUACAGUGGAUGUUAAUAAUGUCAUGUUGUGUAUAUUUCUAAAUAGAAUACAUAAAUAUAAAAUGACAAAAUCACAUUUAACAUUGAAUGUAUUAAUUAGUAGUACAUCUCUUGUAAAAAAAAAUCACGUAGGUGUUUGUGUUCAGGGCUGAAAUUAAUAUUAACAAAUAAUUUGCAGCUACAUAUGGGUCUGAGAAACAUUUCCCAAUUUGUAACUUUUAUCAACUGCAUUUGUUUAAGACAAAUCAAUUAUUUAAAAGAGUUUAAACAGUAUUUUGAGAAAAGCUUGUUACAAAAUAAAUAAAAUGCAGCAUAUAAGUUGGAAGUUUAUUAUUUAAACCUCGAAACACAUUCAUCAUCUCAGUAUACUAAAGUUUAUUUAGUGAUAGAUCACUAAACAAUGGUCGGCUGGUUCUAUAGUUCACAACUGUAGAUAAGAAGAACCAGUCAAAGCAAUUAAUCAAUCAAAAGAUUGGUGUUUCCGAUUAACUACGGACGUUUACGGAGAUUACCGAGUGUAUCGGUACAGGAGGGGUGUAUCCUAAUAUGUAUUAUUUAGCUUUUGAAUUAUAACAUAUAGGUAUAAUGAUAAUACUGCGCAUCACUAGUAAUUACAUGUAUGAACUUUUUUUAAUUUACAAACUAGUGCGUACAUGAAUGCUAAAUGAUGAAGCAUGUCCACAUGUAAUAGAUUUUAAAAAAUGUUAUCAAUGUUAAUCAGUCAUCUUCAUCAUGAACAAGUGGGGGCAACAAAUUGGAUAAACCAACACAAAUCUUCCAUAUUUUAGUAGCUUGGUGUGCUAAAGUAAUUGGUAUAACACCUUGUAAAAUUCUGAAAUUUUUGACACGUUCAACAUCUAUUCGAAGAUUAGCAAUCCUUCUUGUUUCCUCAACUUGUCUUCUUGUGAAACGUUGGUAUUUUAAGGGUGGAAUAAUUAACCUAAUUCCUCUUGGAAUUGUUAAAUCUGAGAUAAGGAAACCUUUGUCAGCCAUUAUGGAAUCGCCUCUUUGGCAAAGGUCCAGUAUGCCACAAUUUAGUGUCAGUUGUUUGUCACUAAUACUUCCUGCCCACAGGUCAGAAGCAAAUGUUAUUACACCUGAUGGGCUUAUUCCCAAAAGAGCUUUAUAAGUCAUGUGUGAUUUAUAAUGUGAAAACAUUAAACUUUUA